GCCCACCUACAUUCCCCGCCCUUUCCCCCGGUACCCCCUCCACUGCCACACAACCACCAAGCUCCCUCCCUCCAAACGCCCUUCAUCCUCUUUCCAUUCACUCCUCUUCACCAACCCACACAAACCACUAGUUCCAACAAAACCAGCCCCUCUCCGGGGCAACCCAUAACCUAUCCAUCACCCCACCCUCAUCUCACUCACCUCCACCACCCAAUCAACCUUUCUCCCAGAUCUACCCCUUCCCCACUCCUCUUCCCACCAUUCAUACUCGCACCAACUCCCCCACAACAAACCCUGCCACCCCCUUACACCAACCCAGACACGACUAACGUCUCCGCCCCCACAUCCCAACAUCCCCCCCUCAUCGCCACUUCCACAUACAACUCUCCAAACCCCAAUAUAGCAGGACCUCACAAACCUAGUUACCCGCCACCCUUCCUUUUUUCCUUCCCAGUUCCACGUACUUGCCCCCUCACUCCCCCCUUCAAACACUUCGAUUACCCGCCCCACACACCUCCCACCCCCUAUACUUCUCACCCACACAAUCCAUCUUCUCCUUCAGAUUUCUAA